AUGCCAGAUGGUUCAGAGAAGCCUAUUGCUUUUGUGUCUAGGACAUUGAGUGAGUCUGAAAAAAAUUAUGCACAAAUUGAACUUGAGGCUCUUGCUUUAGUUUUUGCUGUGAAAUAUUUCCAUCAGUUUGUGUAUGGUAGGGAGUUUGUGUUGAGGACUGAGCACAAACCCUUAGUUAGUAUAUUUGGGGAUAAAAAGGGAAUUCCUCUGAUGUCGGCACACAGAUUACAGCAUUAUGCUAUAUUUUUAUCCGGUUAUACAUACAAAAUAGAAUUUUUUAGUGGUGUGGAGAAUGGUAAUGCUGAUGCAUUAUUGAGAUUGCCUUUAAGUGUGGUUGGGAGUAGCAAUAUUGUGUGUGAUAAUUUUUUCAUUAAUAUGGUGACUACAAAUAUUAAGUCUAUUGGGGAUUCAGAUAUUUGUAAUGAAAUAAAAAAAUAUGUAAUUUUACGUUAUGUGUUUAUCAAGGUGUUUACUGGAAAUUGGUCUAAUAACAUUAAGGAUGUCUCAAUAGAUCUUAAGCCUUAUUACCAUAGGAGACUAGAACUUUCUAUUGAGCAGGGAUGUUUAAUGUGGGGACACAGAUUAAUUAUUCCUCCAAAGUACAGGGAACAGUUGUUACAAGAAUUGCAUAGUACACACAUGGGGACAGUAAAAAUGAAAGCCUUGGCAAGAUCAUAUAUAUGGUGGCCAGGUAUUGAUUUAGAAAUUGAACGCAUUACUAAAGAGUGUAAAGAUUGCUUAAUUCAUAGUGAAAAUCCACCUAGGAGUGUGUUACAUAAUUGGCCUUGGCCUGAAGGGCCACCUCAAAGACUUCAUUUAGAUUUUCUAGGACCUGUUAGGGGUAUGAUGUUCAUAGUAAUCUUAGAUGCAUAUUCAAAGUGGGUUUUUGUGAGAAGAAUGUUGAAUAUAACAUCUAAUUCUACUAUUAUGGUAUUAAGGGAGUAUUUUGCGACAUGGGGUAUACCUGCAAAAUUGGUAUCUGAUAAUGGUCCGUCACUGUGUUCUGUUGAGUUUGAAAGAUUUCUUAAGAACUAUGGUGUUUUUCACAUAAAAACUGCUCCAUAUAAUCCGUCAACUAAUGGUGCAGCAGAAAAUAUGGUUAGGACAUUUAAAAAUUAUUUGAAAAAAGUAAUUUCAAGUAAUAACGACAACAAUAGUAUUGAUACGGCUGUGUUGAAAUUUAUAUUGUCUUAUAACAGCACUAAGCACUGUUCGACUGGGUUUAGUCCGGCUCAAUUGCACAUUGGGUGUUCUUUAUUACAUCGUAUGGCAGGUUAA